CCUAGGUAGCAGCUUAAUCGCUUGCCGCUACUCAAGAGCUCAGAUGCUUGAGCUAUUAGUUAUCUAUUUUAGAGUUCUUCCUUUUCUUUUCGUUUUUGAUUUGGGGACGGGGGUGUUCCUCUUUUUCUGGCGCUGCAGCGCUCACAGCAACCAUACCGUGCUAGUAGUUCAUGAUUCUAUAUCUCCCGUGUGUUUUCCUUUGAUAUACUAUACUCUAGCUGUUUGAUUUUGGGACUCCGCUGUUACCACAUAGGUGGAUAGGAGAAUUAGAAUACAUCCGAACCAUAUAGUUAGGGUUUUACCCGAUUUCGAUCGAAUUCUGUGUUAACGUGUGCGAUUUCUUGUCAUGAGAUACCGCUGCACGUUUCUUGUUCUAAGAUUUCGUGAAUCUUUCAUCGAGGUAGUUCUGGGGCCAUGGGGCCGAGGCAUCUCUUGUGGGUCACUUGCUUGUGGACCCUCUCAUGUGCCUUGCUGCUUGGCGCUUCCUCUGAUGGAGUGCUGAGAAUCAACCUGAGCAAGAAGAGGCUGGACAAGGAAGCUCUGACGGCUGCAAAAUUGGCAAGACAGCAGAGGAACGUGCUGAGGUCAGGGGACGGUUCUUACCGUUAUCUGGGUGUUUCAGAUGAUGACAUAGUUCCUUUGGACAACUACCUGGACACCCAGUACUAUGGAGAGAUCGGCGUUGGUACGCCACCACAAAACUUCACGGUGAUAUUUGACACUGGGAGCUCCAACCUGUGGGUUCCGUCGUCAAAGUGCUAUUUUUCGAUAGCAUGCUACUUACACCAUAAAUAUAAGUCAACCAAAUCGAGCACUUACAAAAAGAACGGAGAAACUUGCACAAUCUCGUAUGGCUCUGGAUCAAUUGCUGGCUUCUUCAGUGAGGACAGUGUGUUAGUCGGCGACCUUGUUGUAAAAAAUCAGAAGUUCAUUGAGACAACCCGUGAAGCAAGUCCUAGUUUUAUCAUCGGAAAGUUUGAUGGUAUACUUGGCCUUGGAUUUCCUGAAAUAUCCGUGGGGAGCGCACCUCCAGUUUGGCAGAGCAUGCAAGAGCAGAAACUGAUUGCCAAGGACAUCUUCUCAUUUUGGCUUAACCGUGAUCCUGAUGCCCCCACGGGUGGCGAGCUCGUGUUUGGUGGUGUAGACCAAAAGCACUACAAGGGGAAACAUACAUAUGUUCCUGUUACUCGCAAAGGCUACUGGCAAUUUGACAUGGGUGAUCUUCUUAUUGGUGGCCAGUCAACUGGCUUCUGCGCUGGUGGUUGUGCAGCAAUUGUUGACUCAGGGACUUCACUGCUCGCCGGCCCAACAACCAUAGUGGCUCAAGUCAAUCAUGCAAUUGGGGCCGAGGGCAUCAUCAGUAUGGAGUGCAAGGAAGUGGUGAGAGAAUAUGGAGAGAUGAUCCUUGAGUUGCUGGUAGCACAGACAAGGCCACAGAAAGUAUGCAGUCAGAUCGGUCUCUGUGUAUUUGAUGGUACUAAGUCUGUCAGUAACCAAAUUGAAUCUGUUGUUGAGAAAGAAAACCGGGGUUCUGAUCUUCUCUGCACUGCUUGUGAGAUGGCUGUUGUCUGGAUACAGAAUCAACUCCGACAAAACCAAACAAAAGAGCUCAUCUUGCAGUAUGCUAAUCAGCUCUGCGAGCGUCUCCCGAGCCCCAAUGGCGAAUCAACCGUCGACUGCCAUCAGAUCUCAAAGAUGCCUAAUCUUGCGUUCACCAUAGCAAACAAGACUUUCACCUUGACACCAGAGCAGUACAUUGUAAAGCUGGAGCAAUCAGGCCAGACCAUUUGCAUUAGUGGGUUCAUGGCGUUCGACAUUCCACCCCCUCGUGGUCCACUCUGGAUACUUGGAGAUGUCUUCAUGGGCGCGUAUCACACGGUUUUUGACUUUGGCGACAGCAAGAUUGGUUUUGCCAAAUCCGCAUGAGGAGCAGCUUUGCUUUGGUCUUCAUGAUCACAUCAGCUCUAGUGUAUCAGGUCUGGUAUUGUACAUAUUGCAAGCACUUAUAAAUUGCAAUGUCAAGCAUGCGCGUUUAGGAACCUAGUAGAAAGGAAUAAACGAAUGUACAGUAAUUGUGUGGAUAUCUGCUAUGUAUGGACAGAAAUGGAUCUGUAGACAGUAAGUAAACUGUACGAGGUUGAUAUAACGAGCAAGGGAGCAUGAUGAGAGUUAGGGCUUUUUUAUCUCAUCUCAUCACAAAUAAUGGAGUACUAUAUGGUUUAGCUUCCUGGAGCCUUGAAUAUUUGUUCACUACUCAGUUACUGUAGUAUUUUUUUGCAUAUUCGUUCUGAAAAUU